CGAGAGUCACAGAAGGAGUAAGAGAUUCGUUGAGGGAAGGAGAGAUUCGCUGGCUUCUGCUCUUUUUUUUCUCUUGAAGGUGACUCACCAUGAACAUCUCAGAGCAAAUUUCAUUCCUGUUCAGCUGUAAUGUCAGCCCCAGUGAGACGCCACAGCUCGACAUUAGUGUCACCAAAAGUGAGCCGCUGACAAUUGCUGUCCCUAUGACUAUCUUCUACAGCAUCGUCUUCUUGUUUGGAGUCGUAUUCAAUGGUGUGAGCAUAUUGACCCUCCUCAUGGAUGCUCAUAUGAGAGUGAGCGCCAUUCGUUUCUACCUGCUCAGCCUGGUAAUAUCAGACAUUCUGCAGCUGUUGACCAUCCCCAUCACUUUGUACCGAUAUUACUGGGAGAGCUACCCAUGGCGUCUUGGCCAAGCAGUGUGCAAGGUCUACUUUAUGAUUCGACAAGUUUACUGUGCCACCACAAGCUGGGUUAUCGUGACAUUCACCACUGAGCGCUACGCAGCCAUAUGCCAUACCAUGUGGUCUGUCUCUAGUCUAAAGAAGUCUCGACUGCCAUGCCUUCUUUCAGUAUGGAUCAUUUCUCUGGUCUCAGCUGUGCCUUUUGCUCUGGUCUAUGACCAGGCACGUGCCUGCAUCCUGGACUACACGGCCACCACUCAAAAAGACGCCUUCCAGGUCUCCACCAUGUGUGAAAUGACUGAGCCUGAUCCUGCACACAUCUACAAAGGAGCCUUACUCCUGAGAGCGGGAUUCUUCUUUCUGGUCCCACUGGUCUCCAUCUUUACUCUCUAUAUGCUCAUCCUGCUUUACCUGAGGAGGAAUGGUCGUCAAAGGAGAAACAUGGGCCUCAUGCGACCGCAUCCAGAAGGAAGGCGAGAUAUUCAGUGCCAUCAGAAUGGAAAGCUACUUCUAAAUGAAAAGAGAGCGCUAAAACUCAUGGGCGCAGUCGUGGUGGCUUUUUUUGUUUGCAACUUUCCAGACAUUGCCUCAUCGCUGAUGCAGGUGUACGUGGUUGUGUGGUCUGACACAGUCCUUUCCGUCUACACAAUCCUGAAGUCGUAUUUGUCGCUUCCGCUGUGGUACAUCAACGGUGCUCUAGAUCCUCUGUUGUUCUGUAUUUCUUCCCACACAUUUCGUAGGGCAUGCUGGAGAACUCUAGGUAGGCUCAAACCUCACUGCUACAGGAAGUAUGGCAGCAUGUCUUGGCUGAGGCAGAGAGGCUCUAGGAAAUAA